CCUCAAGAACCAGAUCAUGACGACCAACUUGUGGGUGGAGCAGUACUGGUUCGACUACAAGCUCAUUUGGGAACCCGAGGAGUACGGCGGCGCCAAGAUGCUUCACGUCCCCUCCGACCACAUCUGGCGACCCGACAUCGUGCUAUAUAACAAUGCCGACGGGAACUUCGAGGUGACGCUGUCCACCAAGGCGACGCUCCACAUGAACGGCCUCGUCGAGUGGAAGCCGCCUGCCAUCUACAAGUCUUCGUGCGAGAUCGACGUCGAGUACUUUCCCUUCGACGAGCAGACCUGUGUCAUGAAGUUCGGUUCCUGGACCUACGAUGGAUUUCAGGUCGACUUACGCCACGUGGACGAGAUGGAGGGUACGAACGUGGUGGACAUCGGCGUCGACCUGUCCGAGUUCUACUGGUCUGUGGAGGACAUCCUGGAGGUGCCGGCUGUCAGGCACGAGAAGUUCUACACGUGUUGUGACGAGCCUUACCUGGACAUCACCUUCAACAUCACCAUGAGGAGGAAGACGCUCUUCUACACCGUCAACCUCAUCAUCCCCUGCAUGGGCAUCUCCUUCCUCACCGUCCUCACCUUCUACCUGCCGUCAGACUCAGGCGAGAAGGUAACUCUGAGCAUCUCCAUCAUAAUCUCUCUCCACGUGUUCUUCCUGCUCGUGGUGGAAAUCAUCACGACCAACUCCCACGUGGUUCAUCUGCUCGGCAAGUACCUC